AUGUAUUUCUACAGAAAGAGCCCGUUGACCCAUGUGUCCAUCAAAGUGUCUGAAAUAAAGCACUCAGAGAAGCUAACAUGCAUAUCCACGGACAGAAAGCUCUAUGGCGGAUUUCUAGGAAAUAUCUAUCUGCUGAAAGGCACUUCUCCUCGUGCUGUGUUUAAGAUAGAGCCUCCUGUCUCUUUUAUUGCGCACAUCCCACUGGAUCUUGUCGACAGAGUGCAUGCUCUUGUAGAUUCUUCUGCAGGCAGCUCCUUCCAAGAGAACCCUGCUUCUUUUCAGAACUUUUCUAUUAAGGACUAUAUAAUAGGAGACUGGGAUGGAAAUGUCUAUAUUGCAGGAGUAAAAAUAAAAGUGUCCCCUGGUGCAUACCCAAUAAAGCACAUCCUUCCAACUCCCCACGGCCUUCUUGUCUGCGAUACCACGCAGAUGUAUAUGGUGCAAGAGGGCGGAAUAUCAAGCAUGCACAUUGGAACAUGGCCCUUUGACAUUAAAUGCACAGACGAAGAUAUUACUGUUACAGCUGGAUAUGCCAUUCACUAUGCUAGAGUGGAUGGAGACAGGUUAUCCGCAUGUGGAAAGGCAGAAUUUCUUCGAAAUGAAAGUCACACUGAGUCCAUCACAUGCAUAGCAGAGGAAGAAACCUCGCUUGUAGGAACUAUUGGAGGCUGGAUCAUGGAGCUAGAAAAUAGCAGUGAGCAGAAGCACUGCACUAUCAAAAAGGUUUUGAAGGUGGCAGGGGAAAAACUAACUGGGCUGCUCUUAUAUGCAUGCAUGGGCGCGUCCUUUUAUAUAUGCAGCACACCAACCUCUAUAUAUGUUAUAGAUGCAAAAUGCAGAAAUAUUAUAGAGUCUCUAGAAAUAACAAAGGACAAUGGAAUAUUUGCUAUUGAGUUUAUGGGCGAGCACAAAGACAUGCUUGCCAUAUUCGAUCGCAAUUUCAAAAUAUACACAAUAGAUCUACAGUUUUUAUUUCCCCAGACAGAAAACAGAGAGUCCCAGGCACAAGACACUCCUAGUACCCAAGCAGACACAUACGAUGACCUUCUUAGAGAGCUGAAUGCAGGCAAAUUUGAUUGA